AUGGAUGCACACGGUGCCAAAAGAGCAGCCGAGCCCAAUGCGUAUGAGCAGUUGGCCAAGAAGAUCUGGCGCCCCACCGUUACCGACGCCCAGCUGGGCAUGCCAAACCAUCUCGAUGAGCUGGGCUCGCCGUCCCAAGCCGACACGGAGCUCCAGCUCGAUCCAAGCCCCGCAGCUACUUCUGGCUUCCUAAACGAGGUACUCAAUGCGCUCUAUGGCGAUACUACGGGUCACCCGGAGAAUGGCAGCUUUAGCUAUCACAAGGCUGCCGAGCACUAUGCCCUGAAUGGCGUGGACUAUCAGUUGCAGUCAACGACUCCAAGCUUUACCGGCGAAGGGGGAGGCGGCGUGCCACCGAAGGCGCAACCGCCGCCAGGCUUCGAGCGUGGCGCCAAGGCGCUCUACGAUCGCAAGCACCCGGCCAUUGUAGGGCAUAAUGCACGCGCAGGAGCUAGCUCCGCUUACAAUCAGAUGCUGUCGGGUUUGCUGCAGCAGCAACACUCGCAAUGCUCGCACGGAGGCGGCGAUACUCCGCCUGAUAGUAAGAUUUUCUUUGCUGAUAAAUUGAUUUACUAA